GCUCUGUUAUUUUUACUGCCCAAAAACCAUUUAACACGUAUCCUAAGGCUCCCCAUGGCUACCAUCUACAAGCCAAAGAUAAAUGCAGCAUAUGAAUCAAUUUCUAUAUGACUCAAUUCCUAUACUAAACCAGAUCUUCUUCUCUUGCUCUCUAUAUAAAAACACCAGCUCUGUUAUUUUUACUGCCAAAUAACCAUUUAACACGUAUCCUAAAUCUUCCCAUGGUUACGAUCUAUUUAGCCAAAGAUACUCAACAGCACUCCUUGUUGCAUAUUUCCCUUUCUCUCUCUCUAAGAUGAGGGCAGAAGUGAGGCCAAGAAGAAGUGUGUCAUCCAUUCCAGCAAGCGCGGCACCUGCGCUUUUGCAGGCGGGCAUCAGGGAGCAGGGGCCCUCCCUGUUCAAGGGAUGUCUUGGGAGGAGCUUGGAUGCCAACUGCAUAGAGAAGCUUCUCCUCCACUGCGGGGCUGCCCUCGAGAAGAAGGACUCCACCCUGGCCCAGCAGAUCAUGUGGGUGCUCAACAACAUUGCCUCCUCCCAUGGCGACCCCAACCAGAGACUCACUUCCUGGUUCCUCAGGGCCCUUAUCACCAGGGCCUCCAGGGUCUGCCCCGUAGCCAUGAACCUCCAGCGGUGCUCGGUAGGCGGCGUGCAUCUGAGCUUCUUGGGCAGGCCCAUGUCCGUGACCGAGCUAGCCGGCUACGUGGACCUCCUCCCCUGGCAUAGGUUUGGCUUCUCUGCCUCUAACAGUGCAAUCUCAAACGCAAUUCAAGGGCACCCAAGGGUUCACAUACUGGAUUUCAGCAUCACCCACUGCAUGCAGUGGCCCACUCUCAUUGAUGAGCUAUCGAGGAAGCCGGGAGCUGCCCCCUUCGUCCGGCUGUCGGUGCCGUCCGUCCGGCCCAAGGUGCCCCCUUGGCUUAACGUGUCAUGUGAGCAGGUAGGCCAGCGUCUAGCGAACUUUGCCAAGUCCAGGAACGUCCCUUUUGCGUUCAGGGUGAUCCCCAUUGGAGACAGUAUCACUGAAGUAGGAACUGAGCCAUACCAUGAAUCGAUCAUAAACAACAUAAGUGUUUGUGCCCUUGGGCUUGCUGCUGAUGAGAUUUUGGUGGUGAAUUGUCAGAAUUUCCUGCAUUAUCUGCCAGAUGAAGUUGGGGACCCCUUGUCCACAAAUAACCAAUCUGCAAGAGAUAGGUUUUUGGAGCUAAUCAGAGGGUUAAACCCCAAGAUUGUUACCGUGGUAGAUGAGGAUUCUAACCUGGGGUCUCUUGGCCUCUCCUCUAGAAUUUCUGCUUGUUUCAAUUACCUUUGGAUACUUUUUGAUGCCCUCGAGACGUUUUUACCAAGAGACAGCACUCAAAGGCUGGAUUAUGAGGCUGACAUUGGGUACAAGAUAGAGAACAUCAUAGCCUUUGAAGGGUUGCAGAGGAUUGAGAGGUUGGAGCCAAGCGGGGAGCUUGUGGAAAGGAUGAGAAGAGCUCACUUCCACAGUGUGCCCUUUGGUGAGGAAACUCUUGCAGAAGUGAAGUGCUUGUUGGGUGAGCAUGCUAGUGGGUGGGGAAUGAAGAAGGAAGACGAUAUUUGGGUGCUCACAUGGAAAGGACACAAUGCUGUAUUUGCUUCUGCUUGGGGCUGUUCUUGAAAGCUGAAUCCUUUUGCUAUUGGAGGGUGUAAAUACAUUGCUCUAAAAGGUACUAAUUGUUGAACUUACAGUAUGGGGAAAAGAAAAUGGGUCAUUUCUACCCCAAGUUAAUUACUAGUCCUAGCACUAUAACUUUCAAAGUUUUCUUUGCCUGGCCCUUGCUUUGCUGAACAUGACCACCUGAGCAUGUCAAGGUGUUGAAUAAAUAUCAGCUUCCUUAACGUUCAGUCUUCAUCAUUUCUCCAUGUAACAAAGCAGCAAACCAAAAAAGAAAAAGUUUGUUGCUUUCACUAA